AACUGGGACGAUGUGGUGCGAAUCGGUGCUGCUACGUCGACAGGGGAGCCACAGAGCUGGAAACCGAUUGCUCGUGCUUCGCAAAGAGGGAUGUAGCUGGGCAGGAAGCGGACAGUACAGGAAGCGGACAAUAUAGGACACUCACUAGGCAUACUUCGUAGCUGUCAGAAUAUAGCUCAGUGUGUCAAUCACAUCAGAAAUAUUACUUCACGUCAUGGGAGAGAUCAUAUUUGAUCAUAUAAUCACACAGCCUGGAUGUUUUGUGUAACGGAUACAAGAAGACGUGCCUGUAAAAGGAAUUAUUUAUGGUUUGGGAAGGUUUUAUUGGAGUAGCUAGCUAGCAACUUUGCUGGCUCGUCGGAGUACAUUUUGCAAGGAUGCUACGGUGGAUAAGGCAACAGCUGGGCUUUGACCCUCCCCAUCAAAGUGACACCAGAACGGUUUACAUCGCAAACCGCUUUCCUCAACAUGGCCAUUAUGUCCCUCAGCGGUUUGCAGACAACAGAAUCAUAUCAUCCAAGUACACCAUUUGGAAUUUUGUUCCCAAAAACCUGUUUGAACAGUUCAGAAGAAUAGCCAAUUUUUAUUUUCUCAUCAUAUUCCUGGUUCAGCUAAUGAUAGACACCCCCACUUCCCCUGUCACCAGCGGACUUCCUCUGUUCUUUGUCAUCACAGUAACUGCCAUCAAACAGGGCUAUGAGGACUGGCUGAGGCACAAGGCGGACAACGAGGUGAACGGGGCGCCUGUGUUUGUGGUGCGCAGUGGCAGCCUUGUGCAGACCCGCUCAAAGAACAUCCGAGUGGGGGACAUAGUCCGGGUGGCCAAAGAUGAGACGUUCCCAGUGGACCUGGUCCUCUUAUCAUCAGACCGAGCUGAGGGGACAUGUCACAUCACCACCACCAGCCUGGACGGAGAGACUAAUCUAAAGACUCACUACUCUGUGCCGGAGACGUUGGUGUCUCAGUCGGUGUCCAGGCUGGAGGUCCUACAUGCUGUGCUGGAGUGUCAGCAGCCAGAUGCAGAUCUGUAUAGGUUUGUCGGGCGAAUAACGGUAACACAACAAGGAGAAGAGAUUGUAAGACCCCUUGGACCAGAAAACCUACUGCUUAGAGGAGCAAGAUUAAAAAAUACCAAAGAAAUUUUUGGUGUGGCAGUUUACACUGGGAUGGAGUCCAAGAUGGCCCUGAACUACAAGUGCAAAUCCCAGAAGCGCUCUGCAGUGGAGAAGUCCAUGAACACCUUUCUGCUCAUAUACCUGGGCAUCCUGCUGUUUGAGGCAAUCCUCAGCACCAUCCUGAAGUACGCCUGGCAGGCUGAGAACAAAUGGGACGAGCCCUUCUACAACCAGAAGACAGAGCAGGAAAGAAACAGCAGCCAGAUCCUGAAGUUCAUCUCUGAUUUCCUGGCAUUUCUGGUCCUCUACAACUUCAUCAUCCCUAUCUCGCUCUACGUCACUGUGGAGAUGCAGAAGUUCUUGGGCUCGUUUUUCAUUGGCUGGGACUUGGACCUCUAUCACGAGGAGAGCGACCAGAUGGCUCAGGUCAACACAUCCGAUCUGAACGAGGAGCUGGGACAGGUAGAAUACGUAUUUACGGAUAAAACCGGCACCCUGACGGAGAACGAGAUGCUGUUCCGUGAAUGUUCAAUCAACGGUAUCAAAUAUCAGGAAAUCAAUGGAAAGCUUGUACCUGAGGGAAUGACGGAUGACUCGCCUGACCGAUCUGUGCCUCCUCUGAGUCGGGAGGAGUUGCUGUUCCUAAAGGCAGUGUCGCUGUGUCACACAGUGCAGAUCAGCUACGAGCAGCCAGGCGACGGCCCGGGGGAUCCCUUCUCCCACGCAAACGGCUUCUCCUCACAGAUGGAGUACUAUGCCUCCUCGCCGGACGAGAAAGCACUGGUGGAAGCCACGAAAAGGAUGGGGGUAACCUUCAUUGGUAGCCACGGAGAAACUAUGGAAAUAAAAACAUUUGGAAGGCCAGAAAAGUUUAAACUACUCCAUGUACUAGAGUUUGAUGCAAACAGAAGGAGAAUGAGUGUCAUAUUACAGACACCCACAGGGGAAAAAGUACUAUUUACAAAGGGAGCGGAGUCUGCUAUUCUUCCUUUUACUACAAGUGGAGAAAUCAACAAAACAAGAGUACAUGUAGAUGAAUUUGCCUUGAAGGGCCUGCGGACGUUGGUGGUGGCCUGCAGACACUUCAGUGUGGAGGAGUAUGAGGAGGUGGACCAGCGGCUCCACAAGGCCCGCACGGCCCUGCAGCAGAGAGAGGAGAGGCUGGCUGAAGUCUUUAGCUUCAUAGAGAAGGACCUGGAGCUGCUGGGAGCCACUGGGGUGGAAGACAAGCUGCAGGAGAAGGUCCAGGAGACCAUUGAGGCGCUGCGCCUGGCCGGGAUCAAGGUGUGGGUGCUGACCGGGGACAAGCACGAGACAGCGGUCAGUGUCAGCCUCUCCUGCGGCCACUUCCACCGCACCAUGAACAUCCUGGAGCUGGUGCAGCAGAAGUCUGACAACGAGUGUGCCGAGCAGCUCCGACAACUGGCAAGGAGGAUCAAAGAGGACCAUGUGAUCCAACAUGGCCUGGUGGUGGACGGGGCCAGCCUGUCUCUGGCACUGCGGGGGCACGAGAAGCUCUUCAUGGAGGUGUGCAAGAACUGCUCUGCCGUGCUGUGCUGCCGGAUGGCGCCCCUGCAGAAGGCCAAGGUGGUGAGAUUGCUGAAAACAUCUCUAGAGAAACCCAUCACUUUAGCCAUUGGGGAUGGAGCCAAUGAUGUCAGCAUGAUUCAAGAAGCCCAUGUUGGCAUAGGAAUCAUGGGCAAGGAGGGAAGACAAGCAGUACAAAACAGUGACUAUGCAAUAGCGAGGUUUAAAUUCCUUUCCAAAUUGCUGCUUGUCCAUGGCCACUUCUACUACAUUAGAAUAGCAACCCUUGUACAGUACUUUUUUUACAAGAAUGUGUGCUUUAUUACGCCCCAGUUUUUAUACCAGUUCUUCUGUCUGUUUUCACAACAAACUCUGUAUGACAGUGUCUACCUGACACUCUACAACAUCUGUUUCACCUCCCUGCCCAUACUGGUGUACAGCCUGUUUGAGCAACUGGUCCAUCCUCAUGUGCUGCAGAGCAAGCCAGUGCUCUACAGAGACAUCAGCAAGAACUCCCUCCUUUCCUUCAAGACAUUUUUGUACUGGACACUGCUGGGCUUCUGCCACGCAUUUGCCUUCUUCUUUGGUUCCUACAUACUGAUGGGGGAGGACACGUCUCUCAUGGGGAAUGGACAGAUGUUUGGAAACUGGACAUUUGGCACUUUGGUAUUCACAGUAAUGGUCAUCACUGUUACACUGAAGCUGGCCUUGGAGACUCACUUCUGGACGUGGAUGAAUCACUUUGUUACCUGGGGCUCCAUCGCUUUCUACUUCAUCUUCUCCCUUUUUUAUGGGGGAAUCAUCUGGCCUUUCCUCCACACCCAGGACAUGUACUUUGUCUUCGUCCAGUUGCUGUCCAGCGGCUCUGCCUGGUUCGCAAUCAUCAUCAUCAUCAUCACCUGCCUUUUCCCUGACAUCAUCAAGAAGGUGUUCUACAGGCACCUCCAGCCCACCAGCACCCAGAAGUCUCAGCUUAUUGAGGCCAACUACCAGGGCAUCGGCUGCGUGGACUCCAUGUGCUGCUACUCGGAGGGGGAGAACGGGUGCACCCGGCUGGGCCGGAUGGUGGAGCAAGUAAUGGGCCGCUGCGACCCUGCCUGCGCUAACAGGUGUGACCCCCUGCUCUGUAGCCUCUACUGCUGCAGGCGCAUCUCCUACAAGCUGGAGCAGGACGAGCCCACUGCUCCCCAGGAGUAGCCGAAUAGAGAGAGGUCCUAGCCUAGUAGAGCGAGAGCUAGACUAGACUAGACUACGGUCUUACUGGUAGGACAGGCACCCCAGUGACAGCCAAAGGUUUUGUAGGGAGGGAGACUAGUAUCAGGAUCCUGGAUCUUAAAUGGCUUUUAAUGGAGACUUGUUUAUCUUGUAUGCUAUGAUCAGCUUCAGCUUCCUUAUAGUCUAUUCUUCUUCCAUAUUCAGUGGGACAACGUGCUCACCAAUGUGUCUAUGUAAUCCGAUCUGUCCUUCCAUGUCUGUACUCUUAUGGAUUUCUUUUUAAAUCUUCUUUCACUCGUGGGCUUUUUGUAACCUAUCUUUGUGGCUGAUCGACCUUGUCGUCUUCUGAAGUUUUGUGCUUCUUUUAACUUUUCCAAAGCCUGCUGAGUCAGUGUGUUGCACAGUGUAGGCUAAGCCCAGGUUCAGAGUCCAAGUCGCUAUUGAUCUACACCAAUGUAUUUAUGCUGAAAGAUCUUUACAAGAGAAUGCUACCCGAGGUUUAUUUUUUGGAUCAUUAUUAAAGCAUUCUCGUUCUGCAUUUUACCUGUACUCCUGGUCUUGGACUUGCCAGAGUCUGUUUAUACUGUAUGUGUUUUAUCUAUGGAGAAUGACCGCAUGAUGCCAGUGUGACGCUUUCUCAGCCCCUCCGUUGUCUGCCCACACAUGCACUCUACACCCUCACUGUCCCAACACUGAGGUGAGGUGAGCACUGGGAAGGAAAAGGAUCUAAGUUAGACUGAGACUUGUUCCGGCCUUAAUGCUAAGAUACUGCCACUGCAAAGGGGCAGAAAGAGACCCUACCAUGGGCCAUGGGAGGUAUAUAUCAGCCCUACUUUACCAUACCCUGUACUGAGUGAUGAUGCUUGUGUUUUGACAUGCUGCAGUGUUUGGUGUCUGUGUGCCACAGCUGAAACACUGGGACCACACUCCCUGACAAAGAUACUGAAAAACUGUAGUCUCAAAAGGAGAAUAGGAGAGUGUUGUUGCUAUGUAUUUUAUGCAGUUAAGUACUUGAAGCCUUAUAAGUGCUUUUGAGAGGAAGAGAACUCUUGUUGCAUGGGGCUGCCUUUGGUAUUUUGUAUGCUGAGUAACCAGACGUUGUUGUGUGUCUUAACAUGUGUCCCAUGAUCUUUUCUAUAAUGUUACUCCUCCUCUUGCUUUGCUGCACUUUGUCUGAACCUCUUGUCGUUGCCACUGUGUCUAAAAUCUAGAUAAUAUUCAACUUCCCCCAUCGAAGUUAUUCAUAUGCUGCUGUUAUAUCACCUUGACGUCACUAUUCAAUCUAAUAUUCUGCUGCUUGCCUUGUUCUGUUAGAUGGCCAUAGACGAUGGACGAAUAGCUUGAUAUCACGAGGGAGUGCCACUAGACUAGACAAUUCACACCAACAUACACAUUUAUCAAGAAAUACUUAUUUUUGUAAUUACACAGCACCAUGUACAUACAAGAUCUUAAACGGUUGUCUUUGUCUGAAAGACGUAAUCCACAUAGCACGUAUAGGGUGUUGUUGAUACUUUUCAUCCAAAGAUAAAAUAAUGUGUAUAGUUUAAUGAUGAAUGAGAUUCUACAUGAAUAUGGUUGAGAGGUGGUGAGUCUCUACUAUGUCCCCUGGUGGUGGUGUUGGCUUAUACAGGCUAUGAAAGAUGGGGGGCCUUUGUGCCUUUCUUGAAGGUAAGAGUUGAGCUUUCUUUAAGGGUUCUUAGAUAUACACUGCUCAAAAAAAUAAAGGGAACACUUAAACAACACAAUGUAACUCCAAGUCAAUCACACUUCUGUGAAAUCAAACUGUCCACUUAGGAAGCAACACUGAUUGACAAUAAAUUUCACAUGCUGUUGUGCAAAUGGAAUAGACAAAAGGUGGAAAUUAUAGGCAAUUAGCAAGACACCCCCCAAAACAGGAGUGAUUCUGCAGGUGGUGACCACAGACCACUUCUCAGUUCCUAUGCUUCCUGGCUGAUGUUUUGGUCACUUUUGAAUGCUGGCGGUGCUCUCACUCUAGUGGUAGCAUGAGACGGAGUCUACAACCCACACAAGUGGCUCAGGUAGUGCAGUUCAUCCAGGAUGGCACAUCAAUGCGAGCUGUGGCAAAAAGGUUUGCUGUGUCUGUCAGCGUAGUGUCCAGAGCAUGCAGGCGCUACCAGGAGACAGGCCAGUACAUCAGGAGACGUGGAGGAGGCCGUAGGAGGGCAACAACCCAGCAGCAGGACCGCUACCUCCACCUUUGUGCAAGGAGGUGCACUGCCAGCGCCCUGCAAAAUGACCUCCAGCAGGCCACCUGCAGAAUCACUCCUGUUUUGGGGGAUGUCUUGCUAAUUGCCUAUAAUUUCCACCUUUUGUCUAUUCCAUUUGCACAACAGCAUGUGAAAUUUAUUGUCAAUCAGUGUUGCUUCCUAAGUGGACAGUUUGAUUUCACAGAAGUGUGAUUGACUUGGAGUUACAUUGUGUUGUUUAAGUGUUCCCUUUAUUUUUUUGAGCAGUGUAUAUUAUGUUUGUUUUUUUACUAUAGAUAUGCACAUAUUUAAGUUGUUUUAGAUAUGCCUAUUUUUGUAUUAGCAGUAUGUAUUCAGUCUAAAUUAGUUCAUAUAUAGUACAGCCAAGAAAUGAGCUUCAUAUUAUAAAAAUAAACAGUAUUUAGUCUACCUGGUUAUGCAUAGGAUGUAUUAUUCAUACAAUGACAUUAUGCAGAUAGAGAAGGGAGAUGCUGACUUUGUGUUCAAGUCACUCAUGUUAAACCAUCCUGUACUAACCCUCACUGUACGCACCUUAUUCUCUCUCCUUUUUAGUUUGACUUUGUUUCCUUGUGCUGCUCCCUCUGUAGGUUGAAGUGUAGUGUAGGAGACGGGGUUGGGAGGCAGUGGAAGAUGAGCAGGAUGACAGGGCUUCAGUUCCAAGGCAGGGCCUCUCAUAUCAAUACAGAUAAGGUCUUCAACCACUCCUGUGCCAUUACAUCCCCUUACUGUACCAUGCAAUGGCAAGAUGGCCGUCCAUCCAACAGUAAAUGAAGGAUCUUUAGGCAGGUCAGAGACAGACAGAAGCACUCCAGAGGUAGGGUUUCAGCUUAGUCCUCUCCCACCGCCACCCCUCACUCCUCUGUCGUUGAUGCUUUUAGAUCGAGGAGCAACUCGGACCCCUUCUAUUCCAACGACCGGAGCAUCUUGACGCUCUCCCCCAUGGAGGCCACUCAUUGCUAAGGUAGCAGAGAGCAGUUGUCCCGCCAGGUGCCCCGUCCCGCCCUGUCCCAUGGCCACACAGAGGGACUACUCACUGCACGGCCCAGGGCUGACCACCUCAGUGGACAGUCAGACUAUAUCUCGAGAAGAAUGUUGAAAGCCAUGAGGCUCUGCACCACCACUUUGAGAGAUGCUGCAUUUGCCUAAUAAAAGGGAAUCAGACCAAAGAAGGAUUUGUCAGACUUAAGUGGGAAAAAAAACAUGGUCUACUACUUUGCACCUGUAGGUUAGUGCUGCUCCUGCUUCUCCACCUGAAAGGUCUGCCACCUUUCCUGAGGAAAUUAGGUGGACCUUUUUAAAGCCAUACCUUCCAUUUUUACUACCUGUUUUUUCAAGGUAUGGAAAUGUAAAAGCAGUUAGGUCGGGUCUCUAGUCUUUUUUUUCCUGAAAUGCCUUUUUUGCUCAGAUUUGUUAGCGUUGUGUUUGUUCCAAAAUGUGACAGGAGAAUGUCCCUAUAAUAGCUUCCUAUGAGAGAUGUGUUGUUCCACCAAUACAGUGCCUUUUGAGAAGUGUAACUUGGUCCCUCCAAAAAUUGUUACCUAAUUUUAACAUAAAAAGCACAUGUUCAACUUUAAAAAAUUACUAUAGUAAGUGCCAAAUAAAGUAUGGGGGGGGUCAAUUGUGCAACAGGGAGUGGCAAUUCACAUAUAUACAUAAAAAAUUCUAGCCUCUACAGAUAAGUGUAACACUCAGUUUUCACCACAAAACACCAGAUAAUGGCCCCCAAAAAAUAAAGGAAUAGUUUCACCAUAUUAAAGGGAAAAUCCACUCAAACUGUUAAAAAAAAUAAUAAUAAUAAUAAUUUAAUGAAUCACUGAUAACAUAAAAUAGUUUUCAGAAAUGCAAAGCAACUAAAAAAGAGAACAUUUUCAAUGAUGGUAAAAAUUGGAGAAAUGUUCAGGUUAAGUGGGUUAAAAUCAUCUUAGAGGGUGCAGAGGGACAUGUCUAAAUGCUUAAUUUUGGCACUUUAGCAAGUCUUUAUUCAAAAUAAAAGCAGAUUUAUUGAAUUUUCCAUAUUAAAGGGCACUUCAUUUAAUAUAACAAAUUGGUGCACAAUAUCAAAGGGUCACAAAAGGCACUCUUUUCGUGGAACAACCCAGAUAUGAAAUAAUAGCUGCCAAGAUGACAUAGCUUUCACAUCUAGUUGUUUUCAAAGCCACAAAUUGUUUUUGUUUGCCUUUCACUAAUCAUUGCCAAUCAUGUUUUCAUUUAUUUUGUUAGUCUUUUCCCCCCUCUUACUAACCACUUGUUAAUGUUUGUAUUUAUUUCCAUCAUAUUACUGGUAAUAGGGCAGGCGAGAGAGCCUCAUGGACUGAACGCAACUGCUUUAGCUCUCUGUAUCCUCUUUAGCGGCCUUUAGCCCACAAUAAUGGAAAUGCCUGAGUCAAGAGGGUCAUUGAGACAACCAUUUUAAACUUGCUAUCAAUGACAGUGACAUUAUGCACAUCAGCAUACAUAUUUAUUAGAAUAUUGCCGAGAUACAUAAUCAUGGGAUUUUAUAUGGUUACUAUUUUUAGCCGUUACAUACCUCUCAGUAGCUUGAAAUGGGAGACACUUGUCCAAGAAGUCAGUGGAGCUUGAUAUUUAUUUGCAUGGUAUCAAUAUUCGUAAUUAUAUCUGGUACUACUAUUGAUCAUGGUCAGCAUUGGUCAUAUCUGAUGAAGUAUACUUUGAUUGUACUUGUUUGCUACAGUUGUUACUCAGUUUUGAUAUAUAAAUGCAUCUAGUUCAGAUGUCACAUUUCAAUCAAUUUAUGAAGGCAUCUCUACAAGGACAUUGAUGUGAAGCUGUUUUUCUCUUGAUCAUUGAAAAAAAGGUAUGUUAUUGUACUCCUGUCAGUGAAAUGGUUGAUGUUUAAAGCAAAUUCUAUUUACGGAAUAAAUAUGUUUUUAAAAA